CUCUCCUCUCCACCGUUAUACCUGCAGCCGCCUCAGCUGCGCCUGCCGCCACAACAGCCGCCCUCGUACCUCACGCCACCGCAGCAGCUGCCUACCUCAGCACCACCAGCUGCUCCGGCCUUAGCACCAUCCCAGUCGCCAUCACCAAACGAUGAGCCAAAUGAAGCAACUCUAUCCAGGCCGCCUUACUCCAGCAACCCUCCUCCACAAGCGUAUCCGCCAUCCCCUACUUCCCUGCUAGCAUCUCCACCGGAAACGCCAACUUCAUCCCUUCCUGGCAUUCCGCCGUCAUACAUGGAACCAUUGGCUCUUCCUCCACAGUCGCCAAGUGCGUCCUCACCCCCUGAAGGAUCGACAUACCCACCCGCUCAGCCUCCGCCCUACGGCCUUCCACCUGCUGCACUUCUAUCGCCACCGCCCUACCCGCCCCAAACCCCUACACAAGCGUAUCCACCUUCGCCGCCUCCAUCACCGCUAUCAACGUCCUCACCCCCUGAAGUACCAACAUACCCACCCGCUCAGCCUCCGCCCUACGGCCUUCCACCUGCUGCACUUCCAUCGCCACCGCCCUACCCGCCCCAAACCCCUACACAAGCGUAUCCACCUUCGCCGCCUCCAUCACCGCUAUCAACGUCCUCACCCCCUGAAGGAUCGACAUACCCACCAGCUCAGCCUCCGCCCUACGGCCUUCCACCUGCUGCACUUCCAUCGCCACCGCCCUACCCGCCCCAAACCCCUACACAAGCGUAUCCACCUUCGCCGCCUCCAUCACCGCUAUCAACGUCCUCACCCCCUGAAGUACCAACAUACCCACCCGCUCAGCCUCCGCCCUACGGCCUUCCACCUGCUGCACUUCCAUCGCCACCGCCCUACCCGCCCCAAACCCCUACACAAGCGUAUCCACCUUCGCCGCCUCCAUCACCGCUAUCAACGUCCUCACCCCCUGAAGGAUCGACAUACCCACCAGCUCAGCCUCCGCCCUACGUCCUUCCACCUGCUGCACUUCCAUCGCCACCGCCCUACCCGCCCCAAACCCCUACACAAGCGUAUCCACCUUCGCCGCCUCCAUCACCGCUAUCAACGUCCUCACCCCCUGAAGGAUCGACAUACCCACCCGCUCAGCCUCCGCCCUACGGCCUUCCACCUGCUGCACUUCCAUCGCCACCGCCCUACCCGCCCCAAACCCCUACACAAGCGUAUCCACCUUCGCCGCCUCCAUCACCACAAUCAACAUCCUCACCCCCUGAAGUACCAACAUACCCACCCGCUCAGCCUCCGCCCUACGGCCUUCCACCUGCUGCACUUCCAUCGCCACCGCCCUACCCGCCCCAAACCCCUACACAAGCGUAUCCACCUUCGCCGCCUCCAUCACCGCUAUCAACAUCCUCACCCCCUGAAGUACCAACAUACCCACCCGCUCAGCCUCCGCCCUACGGCCUUCCACCUGCUGCACUUCCAUCGCCGCCGCCCUACCCGCCCCAAACCCCUACACAAGCGUAUCCACCAUCGCCGCCUCCAUCACCGCUAUCAACGUCC